AUGUUUCUCCUUGUCGGCGGAACCAGGAAGCUCCGAUCGUUCUCCACGGCGGCAGCGGCGGCGGCGGCUCAGCCGUAUCUCCUGGUCAGAGAGAGGGAAGUCACCUUGAAGUCCUCCAGUGAAAGAGUGGUCACCUUAAAUCUGUUGGAUCCGUGUAAGCUUGAGAUGGUGAAGAUCCCCGGCAAGACUCUCCCGACAGAGGUUGCUAAGUCGUUGAGGAUAGGUUCAUCCAAGGGAUGGGUGGCUGUGACGGACCUUCAAAAUUCGAAACUGCGUCUCACCAAUCUAUUUAACCCUUGUGCAUCUUCGCCAACAACAAUAACACUGCCCCCUCUCGACGGGUGUUACAGAGGUUCAGUUGCCCGAGUUUCCAAGGUCUCUCUCUCAGCCUCCCCGAACCAACGUGACUGUGUAGUGGCUGCUAAGUUGUUUGCUCCACUCGUCAGUCUGUGCCGGCCUGGUGACUCGGAGUGGACACACAUCGAGACCCCAAACACUUUCUUCCGUUCAGUCCUGAUGCACUCUAUGAGAGACCAAAAAUUCUAUCUUUACUCCUCGGAUAGGGCUCCAACUGAUCUGAUCAAGACUUGCUCUGACUUCCCUCCAGUGAGUCCUUACAGGAGGUUCUUUUUUUCUGACAUCCCCAAGACCACACAAGAUUUGUAUCAGUCAUCUCUCUUCAGAACUCAGUACUUGGUCGAGUCACCUUCCGGGGACUCUUUCAUCGUUAUCUGGUGUAAGGCUGGUGGUAAGAUGGAAAAAGAGACGUCAAGACUCAUGUGCGAAACCAAGGGCUUUAUGGUGUUUAAGCAAGACCAUGGUAAGAAGUUGUGUUCCUAUACACAAGACAUUGGCGAUCUCUGCAUUUUCCUAGGCAAGAACGAAUCCUUUUGUGUCUCUGCGACAAAAUAUCCGGGGCUGAACCCGAAUUCAGUCUAUUUUGAAGGCAGUGAAACUGGGUUCGGCUUUUACGAUCUCAGCUCAAACACUGUCCACGAUCUCACGCAUUUGGCCCCUUUCUCCGCCUUCUACUUAUGGCUUGCCCCUCUCGAAUAA